UUCCAUUUUAGAUAUCGCUAGAAAUUGAUUUGAGUAUCGGAGUGAAAGAUCAGGGCAACCCAGUCUCAAUUCUAAUAUCCUCCAUCGCUCUUUUACUUUGCGCAAGCUCGUCUGGCGACAAAGAUAAUUUCCCCUCUUCUUCAAAGUGCUUAGACUACAUGGAGGUUAGGUGCAAUGUAGUUGUCAAAUGAUGUGUGAUCAUGUGGCCUGCUCGAUCAAUUAUCAGCACCAGUCCAAGCCCAUGGACAGGUUAACAUCACGUACGGAUCGAAGCCGACAACUGCUUACAACUAGAUUUACUACAAAGAUCCAGAGAUGAUUGGAAUGCUCGCUCCAUCUGGUGGAAUAACUGAAUAUCAUGGCGUCGCGUUCCCAAACCUUCGUGGCUGCAGUGCUGUGCAUGCUCGCUUGCAGUGGUGCAGUGGUGCUGGUUCAUGCGCAGUUGUCGCCUUCGUUCUACGCACAAAGCUGCCCCAUCUUGGAGAGCAUCGUCCGGUCAGCCAUGACGCAGGCGGUCGCCCAGGAUGCCACGAUCGGCGCUUCCAUGCUUCGCCUCUUCUUCCAUGACUGCUUCGUCAACGGAUGCGACGCCUCUGUGCUUCUCGACGACACGCCGACCAUGGUCGGAGAGAAGAACGCUCCCCCAAAUCGCAACUCCCUGCGCGGCUUCGUACUCAUCGACUCCAUCAAGGCGCAAGUGGAAUCACAAUGCGGAGCCGUCGUCUCCUGCGCUGACAUUCUCGCCAUCGCCGCCCGUGAUGGAGUCAAUUUGUUGGGGGGACCGAGCUGGGUGGUGGCUCAGGGUCGGCGGGACGCGCGGACGGCCAGCCUGUCGUCCGCCGGGUCCAACCUCCCGCCGGCCACCGCCGGCAUCAGCACCCUCGCGUCCAUGUUCGCGUCCAAAGGGCUCAGCUUGCGUGACUUGACGGCGCUCUCCGGCGCCCACACCGUCGGCAACGCCCGCUGCAGCAGCUUCCGCGCGCGCAUCUACAACGACACUAACAUCGAUACCGGUUUCGCCUACUGGCGGCGGCAGGAGUGCCAGAGUGUGGGCGGCGAUUACAGUCUUGCACCCCUGGAUGCCACGAGCCCCACCAUAUUCGAUGGCGGCUACUUCCAGAACCUGAUGGCUGGUAGAGGGCUGCUGCACUCCGACCAGGAACUCUUCAACAACGGCCCGACGGAUUGGCUGGUGCAGAUGUACGGCUACAAUCCGGCGGCUUUUGCCGCCGACUUCGCGGAGGCGAUGGUGAAGAUGGGGAACAUUUCUCCGCUCACGGGGAGCAUGGGAGAGAUCAGGUUGAACUGCCGAAAGAUCAACUGAAAAUCUGAAAUACAAUAUAUGUAUACAUGUAUAACUUCAUACAAGUAUAUGUAAUGAUCUCAGCGACGAUAUAUAUUACACUGGAUUCAGAGAUCUUAA